AUGCCAAGAUCGCCGUCUAAAGAGAUGGUUCACCCAAGUUCACCAAGGUCUCCGUUCAAAAGAUGGUUCACCCAAAGUUUACCAAGGUCUCCGUUCAAAGAGAUGGUUCACCCAAAUUCACCAAGGUCUCCGCUCAAAGAGAUGGUUCACCAAAGUUCACCAAGGUCUCCAUUCAAAGAGAUGGUUCACCAAAGUUCACCAAGGUCUCUGUUCAAAGAGAUGGUUCACCCAAGUUCACCAAGGUCUCCGCUCAAAGAGAUGGUUAACCCAAGUUCACCAAGGUCUCCGUUCAAAGAGAUGGUUCACCCAAGUUCACCAAGGUCUCCGUUCAAAGAGAUUGUUCACCCAAGUUCACCAAGGUGUCCGUUCAAAGAGAUGAUUCACCCAAGUUCACCAUAA